UCAGAGCUCGACCUCUUUACAUCUCGCGCCCCAUUUGGAUGGAGUCGAAGUUGUAACCUGUUCUCGUUUGCCUCGGAGGUCGGUGGACUGGCCGAGUUUCUUCGUCCGAGCAACUCUGGAACAGGGGCGUCCCUCUCUCCCCCUCCUCCCCACCCUCUCUCUCUCACCCACCACCUUCUUCUCUCUCUCUCCCCCCCCCUUUUUGGCAGCAAAAGAUGGGGCACAAGAAUAGAAGAUUCAGAAACUCAUCAACCCACAGAGGCCAGCAAUCGUCAUCCACCAGGCGCCACUCGCUUCCCCUGGAAGAAGAAGAAGACUAUGGGAACGCCCAAAUUGUGAAUGAAGGUGAUAUGGAUGAACAAACUCCACAACUUCCUAAAAUUCCACUUGCUAUGUGGGAUCUUGGACAAUGUGAUAUCAAAAGAUGUACAGGCCGCAAGCUAGCAAGGUUUGGCCUAUUGAAGGAGUUGCGUCUGGGCUGUGUUCAUGGAGGGAUUGUCCUCAGCCCUGUUGGGAAGCAGUGUGUCUCAAAGGAAGACAGCAUUUUGAUUAAGAGCAAGGGAUUGGCUGUAGUUGAUUGUUCAUGGGCACGCUUGGAUGAUGUUCCUUUUGUAAAAAUUCGCUGCACUGCACCACGGCUAUUGCCAUGGCUGGUUGCGGCAAACCCUGUUAACUAUGGUCGACCUUGUGAACUUUCUUGCGUGGAAGCAUUGUCUGCAGCACUGAUCAUCUGUGGGGAAGAGGAAACUGCAAAUCUUUUGCUUGGAAAAUUUAAAUGGGGACAUGCUUUCUUGUCUUUGAACAGGGAACUUCUGAAAGCAUAUUCUAAUUGCACUAAUGGAACAGAAAUUAUUUCUGUGCAAAAUUCCUGGCUCUCAAGCUUUUCUCAAGUCCCUGGUUCGUUAGAGAAGUCUAAUGUUGACAAGUACUCUUCAGAGGAUGAUGGCAUUGAAAAACAUGAUUCUGAAAGUGAUGAUGGUCUUCCCCCUCUUGAGAAGAACUUGAAUCAUCUAAGCUUGAUCUCAAGUGAUGAAGAGAAUGAGUAGAGAAAAAGUUGAAAGGGCGCAAAAAUGUCUGUUUUCAAGUUGUCUUGCAGGGCAGGGAGUAAGUUUGGUAGUGGCGGUAGCACGAGAUCAAUGACGUAAUGAGCCAAUGGCAAUGUCAGCUGAAUGGAGGAUUUUGUUAUGGUGUUAAUAGACCUUCGAUCUGUUGCUUGAGACUGUUCACAACCUAUGAUUCCCUGUUUUUCUUGUUUCAACCUUAUACAAGCUUCCUGCUAAAUGUGGAGGCCGACAACUUGGUCAAUUUUUGUCCUUUGUUAGAUGAAACUCUGCAAAUUUUGUUUAUGGCUUCAUAUUUUUAGCUUUA